CCUCAGGCCGCCAAGCCCCGUGGUCUGGAACCAACAGAACGGAAUCCUUCGCCACGGCGGACUUAACAUGUUGCUCGCUCUUCUGUCAUGAUCUUCCCUCUCUAGCCCGCCUGGUUUUUACUUUUGGUUCUGGUGCUUCCAAUCUCUGUUCUUCUCUUGACGAUCGCUCUUCUUUGCUUUGAUUUUCCACCCUCGACUUUCCUCUCCUCAUCUCUGCCCGCCUACCUGCCUACUCGAUCUUAUCAAUCCAGCGGCGUUGCAUUUACCCCGCGUCUUCCGUGACCCCCCGUGUCUCACCCCUCCGCCCGGCGCAUGACCGACCGUCUGCGAAUCCCUGUGCUGAAGAUCGCGAGUGUGUGUCUGUGUGUGUCUGUCUGAGAUAGUCAGGCCUGAUCUUGUUUCAAGCUUGUGGUGUUUGCUGGGUGUCGAUCAUGGGUAAAUCGCAGUCGAAACUCUCCCCCUCCCAGCUGGAUGAGCUCCAACGAGCGACACACUUCGAUAAAAAAGAACUACAGCAAUGGUACAAAGGAUUUCUGAAGGACUGUCCCUCGGGCACCCUGACCAAGGAAGAGUUCCAAAAAAUCUACCGACAGUUUUUCCCCUUCGGCGAUCCGUCCUCGUUCGCGAAUUAUGUCUUCCGUGUAUUCGACUCCGACAAUAGCGGGAUGAUCGAUUUCAAGGAGUUCAUCUGUGCCUUGUCGGUCACCUCGCGGGGGAAGAUGGAGGAUAAGUUGGACUGGGCUUUCCAGCUGUACGAUAUUGAUGGGGACGGCAAGAUCACAUAUGACGAGAUGCUUGCGAUUGUUGAGGCGAUCUACAAGAUGGUGGGCUCGAUGGUGAAACUUCCCGAGGACGAAGAUACCCCCGAGAAACGCGUGCGCAAAAUCUUUCGCAUGAUGGAUAAAGACGAAAAUGGCAGUCUGGACAUGGAGGAAUUCAAAGAGGGCAGCAAGCGCGACGAGACGAUCGUCAGCGCGCUGUCUCUGUACGACGGGCUGGUAUAAAGAACGACUGGAUCGUUCUAUCUACCUCUUUCCCUCCCCGCCGCUCUCUUUCUCUUCCCCUUUCUUCCUCUCCAUCUUUCUAUCUUCCACCUCCCCCGAUCCUUUGAAUACGGGCGCGGAGACAACUCCUCCAUUUCCAUCACUGUUUGUUGCUUCGUUCUAGGAUUCCCAUAACUGCUCGUUGUAUUCACCUGUUUGUUCCGCGCCGCCAUCUGUUUGAUGAUUCUCCGAGGCUGGUGGCGAGCCAGGUCGCCAUCUAUGUAUUUUCAGCUUUUCCCAUCUCCUUCUCUUCGUACAACUGUAUUGCCUAUUCGCGCUAAGUUUUGAUUGAUUGAUUGAUUGAUGAUUGAUUGGAUCUCUCAAGGAAAGAUCGACAUGGAUGAUAGAAUAUUACACCAGAACGGAUCUACGGUGGUCGACCUACAGGCUAGUGUCACUACCGGGUGUCUCGACUCGGUGGUAUCCACAGACCUAGUGAGGUUCGACUUCCAUAGGAGGCGGAUGAAGUAUGUACAGAUAACUCAUUACAGGGACAUGUUCACUUUAGGCGGAGUAGAGUAAAGGCACGCUCGUACGCACGAAUUCCGAGUUCAAGU